UUUAAGGCUACACAGUAGUGCUAGCCUAGCCCUGACUGCCGCCUGGUCACUAGGAAUUCAUGGAGUCCUGAGGCAGGGACAUAGAAUGCAAUGUGGCCGAGGUGCAGUGAUGUGGCUGUAGCGCCACAGUGGGCAAGGCGGAGAACAACUUUUAAGACUUUUCUGCUGGCAGUUCAACCUGAAGACAGCUCAGCGGUGUGGCUCGAUAGUGAACAGCGUCACGUAGUACUGUACAGUACACCCAUGCGACGGACAGAACAGACAGACUGUCUUCCACUACACAGCAAAGCCGGGAUUCUUAUCAGUAUCGAACCUCUGAUUCUCUUUGCACUCUUUUUAUUUUACUAUCAUUUUGAGCGAUUAUCCAGUCUGAUGUCGUAGAUUACCCACCUGGCAGCCUGAUGUUGGGGCUGGGGAAAGAGAUGGAAAGGGAUCGAAAGCCAUGGAAGUUGACCGAAAGACAUGGAAAGCCUUCCCAAGCGCGCUCGGGCCAUGAAAGCCGCG